AACGUAGAGUUCUAUGUAACGUCGCUUUGUCCCUAUAUGUAGUAGCGGAUUCUUCCGACAAUGUAGCGUCGGCGCUACUGUGCAAUGUGCAGUGCAAUGCAACUAACUAACAUACAACGAACAAAUCUAUGAAAACAAAUUCCGCAUAAAUUAGAAUUACUACGAGGAAUAAAUUUGAAACAUGUUUUAAUAAUUGAAUAUUUAUGCAUCCUUUCUGUGUUCGAUCGUAUCUCGGCACGAUCGACGCCGGUACCAUUAUAAAAGCACGCGUCACGUUUUCAUGGGAGCAGACUAGCAUGAACGUUAACCAGCGUGUGUUAGGUUAUGCGGUAACGUUAUCUGGUUCUGACGUUUCUUUUACGUGUCAAUUAUUUAAUCUUCCGAUUUUGUAUAUAUCGGUUUCUGAUUUCGUUGCGUGCACGUGCAAGUACAUUGUCCAUAAACUUCCACAUUAAACGGCACCAUCUACGUUUCACGUGCGAAUCGAGAUAUAUUCAUAGUUAUCGUUCUACUACGAGGAGAGAUUAGACAGUUGGACUGCUAGAAUAUAUUUGCAUACGUAAAUAUGACGUCUACCUUACAAAAAAACGUUCUGUCGCUGUUCAAACGAGAUUUUCUAUGGAAAACUGUUAAUUCCGCUCAUGUUAGAGAUUAUAAUACUUCGCGCCUAUUUCAUCAAGUCGCAACAGAGUUUCCGUACGGCAAGAGAAACUUAUUUCUCUCGGAAUAUUUCAAAUUAACAUGUGCAGAUGUGCAAAAGCUGAACUAUGCCUCACACUCUACGUUCACCAGUAAAGAUGAAAGUCGUGAAAUGAUGGCUAUAUGGCCGGAUAUUGUUCGCAGUCUUACAGAUGUUGACCGUAAUCAUGAUAUGCUAGAUGUUUCCAAAAGGAUGGCAAAGGCUUUACAAUAUACUGUACCUACAGGAAAAAAGAACAGGGCAUUGGCACUUGUACUCGCGUACAAAACUCUAACUCCAGAAAAUCAAUUAACCGAAGAAAACAUACGUUUAGCACGAAUUCUAGGCUGGUGCAUAGAAAUGUUACAGUCUUUCUUUACAAUAGUUGAUGAUAUUCAAGAUCACUCGCUAACACGACGUAAUCAACCAUGUUGGUAUUUACACAAUAAUAAUGGACUUGCAGCUAUUAAUGAUGCUAUAUUAAUCAAAAUGUAUAUAUACAAGCUUUUAGGGAUACACUUCAAAACGAAAGAGUGUUAUGCAAAUCUUCAGAACUUAUUUUUAGAUUCUACGUUAAAAACCGUAACAGGUCAGUCUCUAGAUAUGAUGGCAAUGGAUGGUGGAUUUGAAAGGAAAUUCAAUUUAGAUCUUUAUACAAUGGACCGAUAUAACGCGAUUGUAAAGUACAAAACAGCUUACUAUACAUGUGUACUGCCAGUCACAGCUGCUAUGUAUUUUGCUGGUAUAAAAGAUCCAGAAAUGUAUAGACAAGCGAAAACUAUUUUAUUAGAAAUGGGUCACAUGUUCCAAGUGCAGGAUGACUAUUUAGAUUGUUUCGGUGACACAAGUCGUACUGGUAAAGAGAGUACGGAUAUAUCACAAGGAAAGUGUACAUGGCUCGUGGUUGUAGCUUUGCAACGUGUAACGCCGAAACAACGAAAGAUUUUAGAUGAGUGUUACGGACAAGUGGAGCAAGAGAAAGUGAAUCGCGUUGUACAGCUUUACAAUGAACUCGGUUUACCAAACACUUAUACUAUUUACGAAGAAGAAACGUACAAUUUAUUAAAUACACACAUACAACAAAUAUCACGUGGACUUCCGCACAAACUAUUUUUGAAGUUACUCUCAAUGACGUAUCGUAGGGACAGUUAAAAAGUGUAAUUUAAUAUAUUAAUUAGGAAGAAUAAUCUAAUUUAUUCUGAAACCAGGAAAAAUAUGCAUACAAGUUACAAAUUUAUUGAUCAGUUAUAGUCUAUUUUUUUAAGAAGAACUAAUUGAGUAGCAUUAAAUUAUUACAAAGGUGACAAUUAUUAUUAACUAUUCGAUUUGCAAUGGCAAAUAACGAAGUAAUGAAUUCCGUAUUCGGAAUUAAUAUUUUAUGCAGUAUACAUACAUAUAUAUAUAUAUAUACAUAUUUUUUCAGAAUAUUUUAUUUUUCCUCCAUGGAAAGCAUUUGUACGAAUUUAAUAUUCAUGUUAAGGUUUCUAAAAGGUUUAAUCAAGUUAAAUAAAUUUCUUAAUUUCAUUA